AUGGCCGAAGCACAGCUCCACGACUUUCCCUCCCUCUUCUCCCUCAAGGGCAAGGUCGCCGUCGUCACCGGCGGCUCUCGCGGUCUUGGUCUGCACGCCGCCUCAGCCUUCCUCCAAGCCGGUGCCUCCAAAGUCUUCAUCUCCUCCCGCAAGGGCAAAGCCUGCGAAGAGGCAUGCAAGGCCCUCAACGCCCUGCCCAACCUCCAGCCCGGCGCCGUCGCGAUCCCGGUCCCCGCGGACGCGGCGUCCAUCAAGGGCGUGGAGCACCUCGUCGCCGAGGUCAAGAAGCACGCCGACCGCGUCGAUAUCCUGUUCGCCAACGCGGGCGCUACCUGGGGCGAGGCGUUCGAUACCCACCCGGACGAGGCGUUUGCCAAGGUGAUGGAUUUGAACGUCAAGGGCGUGUUUAACACCAUUCGGCUGUUUACGCCGCUGCUCGAGAAGAGCGUGGCUGCGAACAAGAGCGCUGGCGGCGAGCCGGCAAAGGUUAUCAUCACGGCGUCUGUUGCGGGCUUGGGGGUCGGUACGCUGGGCAAGCAGGGCACGUAUGGGUACAGCGCCAGCAAGGCCGCCGUAUUGCACCUCGGUCGCAACUUGGCGCUGGAGCUUGCUCCCAGAGGGAUUACCGUGAAUUCCAUUGCCCCCGGCUUCUUCCCGAGUAAGAUGUCCAACGGGUUGUUGGAGAUUGGUGGCGGCGCGGAUAAGAUUGGCAAGGGGAACCCGAUGGGUCGGCUGGGACGGCCGGAGGAUAUCGCGGGCGCGGUGGUGUACCUUGCUAGUCGCGCGGGUUCGCAUGUUAACGGGGAGGUUAUUGCUAUUGAUGGUGGGUCGUUGUGGCAGAGGGGGGAGUUGAACGUUCCUCCUAGUAAGUUGUAA